ACGCGUCUUUUCACGUGUCAAAGUACUGACAUGUUCAUUCUAGUUACCUCCCGCGCCUCCAAGUUGCCUGCAGUGUUCAGACGUAUCGGAAAUCGCGAACCAGCAUCCCCGCAUGAGGACGAGCAACCCACCAAUCACUCCGGACUUCCCCCCUCCCAACACCACAAUCAGCACACCAAUGUCUGAACAAAGACAAGACGUUGAUCCGGCUGCUGUAUCUGCUGCCCUAAAUCUCCCGUCAAAACCACCAAGCCCAACCCCGGACGCAGAAGACGCAUCGCCUCCCAGGAAACGCCCAAGGACUCGCGCUCCUCCGCAAGCAGAUAUACCAGCUCCGAAACCCACAGUCCAUGAGCCAAUAGCUCCCGCACCAAAACAAUAUGUUCAACCUCCGACUUCUCCAUCGCAACAUGAAACCCACCGCUUCCCUAUCCAGCCGCUCCACCGUUUCCACGGCGCCUCAGCAACUAUAAAGCGGCCUCGCGAAGUCGCACACUUUUCAUACGACGACAAUCAUGAAUAUCGGGAUGAUGAGUCGAGCAUAAACUACUAUGUUCCACCACCACUGGGCGCGGACCUGAAGGAAGGCUUCGACACGUUCCGGCAUCAUGAGGACAAGGAAGAUCAGCAUUUGGACAGCCUGCUGCAGGCCUUGAUGGAGAAGGAGCAGAAAGAGGGGAGUGACAAGAGGGUCAAGGCGGAUUUUGUUACCUGGAGAGGCAUGAUGACGAAGAUCCUAACCGCCCCCUUCGACCACUUCGCCGAAUUCAACAUGUUCGCAACCCUCCACGACUCCACAAUCUACAUCGAAGAAGACUUCCCCUCCCGUUUUGCCGCCCGCGCCGCCGAAUCAUCCCACCCACCCCCUCGCUCCCACCACCCAGACCCACAAUCCCAGUCCCGCGAAAUGAUGACAUACUGGGGCUACAAGUUCGAAACCCUCUCGCUAAUCCCCACCCCGCCAUCCUCCACCACCCCAGAGCAAAUCCGCGUCCACCAACGCGCCGUAACAUCCAACCACGCGCAGCACUGCUCCAUAGUAAGCACCUCCUUCGGCCCCCACAGCCUACUCCUAGGCGGCGAAGUCGACGGCCUCCUGGCGCCUAAACCCGCAAAUCCCGACGAACAAGUGCAAUGGGUCGAGCUCAAGACUACGGAGGAACUGCCCCCGCCGCAGCGCCAGCAACACCGCGAUAUCCUCAAGUUCGAGCGCAAGCUGCUCAAGUUCUGGGCGCAGUCUUUCCUGCUCGGCGUGCCCAAGGUUGUGGUUGGGUUUCGGAGUAAGACCGGCAUUCUGCGCGGCCUGCAGACUUUCAAUACGCAUGAGAUCCCGGGGAUGGUGAGGCGCGGGACGGGAUGUUGGGACGGGAAUGUGUGUAUUAAUUUCGCGGCGGGCUUUUUGGGCUGGCUUAAGGAGGUGGUUCAGGGGGAGGGCGUGUAUAGUGUUGUGUUGAGGAGGAAGAGCGGUGUUGUGGAGGUUACGAGGGUGGGCGAUGGGACGGGGAAUAUUGUGAGUGAGGAGUUUUUGGCGUGGAGGCGGGCGGGGGAUGAGGGGGAUGAGGGAGAGGAUGGCGGAGGGGCUCGUAGCUGA